AUGGCUCCGAGCCUCGUCUACGCGUUCACACUUCAUGUCGACCUCGCUCCGCCACAAUGCUUCGGCAAAACCGCGUCCGGCGAAAGAAGAUUUAUUCCUAUCACCGGCGGAAGCUUUGAAGGACCUAAGAUAAAGGGAACAAUUCUUCCCGGUGGUGGCGAUUGGAACGCAGCAAGGCCCGACGGCGUGGUUCAUGUUCUGGCCAAAUACACCAUCCAAGCAGAGGACGGAACUCUGAUAAACGUCACGAACGAAGGGUACGGUCGAGCAAGUCAGGAAAUGAUGGACGGUGUCUUUGGAGAAGAUCCUUCCAAGGUUUCGAUGAAGGAAGGAGGCGCAGAUUGGUACACGAAAACGUUUCCUAGGUUCGAAGUUGCCGAUGGACCGCACGCGUGGUUGAACAGUACUUGCUUUGUUGGCGAUCUACUUCCGCCGCAGGUGCCAAAUCAUGUUAAAAUCGACGUGUACGAAAUUAUGUAG